AUGGAAGAAGAACGCCCGCCGACGCCCAUCAUCAUCGCCGGCACAACUGUCUCCGUCACCAUGCGCGUCCGCCCUCUCGCUCGCGACGGUUCCACUGCGCAGAGCCCUGUCUGGAGCAGCAUCGUCGAGCGCCGCCACGCCAACCACUCGGGCAUUCCUGCCAGCGAGUCCUUCAGCAGGGCUUACAGCGCCAUGGAGGCCCGCAUGCACCAGGAGCAGCGCGAGCGCAUGCAGCAGCGCCGCCCCUCCUCGACCGUUCCGCAGCUCGUCGCGUCCCCGCUCAACAACCGCCGCCCCCCUGGCAUUGAGGAGCCCAUGUCCACGUCCGUCCGCACCAAGGCUGGCUUGCGCCGACUCGCGCACAAGCUCAAGAAGCUGUUCUUCCUGAAGAAGGCCGCCCCGACGCCCGAGCAGGCCCAGUGCCCGUGCUUCCACUACCCGCCUGAGGGAUGGCGCUUCUGCCGCUACGACGAGCACGUUGCCGAGGGCAUUCGCGGCAUCGCUGCUAGGGAGAUUGCGCUGGGUUAG